AUGUUAACAACAUUGGCCGAUUGGUUGGUAGAAGUACAAGAGAAUUUUGCACUAAACCAUGAAACAAUACACUUAGCUUGGGGUCUGUUGUAUGCAUUUUUGGAUCGUGGUAAAGCGCUUGCUCGACGGGAAAUUCAAUUGAUGGCGUGUGCAGCAAUCAUGGUUGCGUGUAAACAUGAAGAACGUCAAAUGCCUCAUCUGAAUGAAUUUAUGUAUAUAACAGACAAUGCAUAUACAAAGGAUGAGUUUAUUGAAGCUGAACGUCGUCUACUGGUUGCGAUUGACUUUGCUGUUCAUCGUCCAAAUCCAUAUGUGUUUUUGCGUCGUUAUGCUCGGGUUUUGGAUGCUCACAGUGGACCAAUUCAGUUUACCUCACGAUUCCUCUUAGAAGCUGGUAUGCACAGUCAUGUGAUCAGUUUAAAGCGUGAAUCACGUAAAGCUGCAGCUGUUCUAUGGCUUGCUCGAGUUGUUCUUCGUAAUCCAUCGUAUGCAGAUUGGACACGUAGAGCUGAUGUACAUCAGUUAAGGCAAUUAAUUCAAAACAAUCUGUAUGCUCAAGCUUAUUAUACUCAUUGUCGAAAUCAGAAAACUAAAAUAACUAAUAAUAAAAAUAAUCCUCGAACAAGAUUAAGUCAAUUGGCUGGACAAAAUGUUGAUUCAUCGAAAUCUCCACACAAUUUAUCAGCUUCAAGUUCAUGUGACUUUGAUUGUUUUCAGUUUAAAUUCACAGAAAAGCCUUUUAAUGGUUUAUCCUGUGAUAAUUUGGAUGAGUCACUGAAUCUGAAUUUCUCUACUGUUGUACGUGCACCACAUUCAACGCCCAGUAGUAACAACAACCUCCCUGCUUCAUCAUCUGUGAUUGACUCUUCUACUGAAAAUCACGCUUUUGAUAAUCUGGAUCCGUCAGUCAAAUCUGAUCUUGAAGCAAUGCAGUUAGAAGAAGAACAACGUCAACCAUUGUGGCCUCCUAUUUUAGAGCAUAUAACUGGUUACAAAGAAGCAGAUUUGAUCCCUUUAGCUCUACGUUAUCAUUCAAUCGCUUUAAGGUUAAUAGCUGAAGUUGCUCGUGGAGGUCGACUGGCUUCAGGUAGUACUGAUAACUCUGAUAUGCCUACUAAUCUAAGCGUAAAAAAAUCGGAUAAUGACGGAAAUGUUCAUAUAAAUGAAGCUGACGCAGAAGACCCAUCAGCUGCACAGAAUUCACGUUGUGUAUCACCUGGUGGGCAUUAUUUACGUCGUCAGUCUGUCAGUAAAUACUGUUCAAGUGCAUUUUUAAGUGUAGCUGAUGCUUAUCCUCAGUUGGCAUUUGACAAUUUUGUCCCAUAUUUCCCAUCCAUCCAAUGCACAGAAACAUGCCAGUGUUUUGUUUGCGUUAAUCUCAUCCGUCGAAUGAAUUAACAACAAC